UCUCAAAAAAAAAAACAAAAAACCUUUAGCUAUAAAAAGAUUAUUCUCUCAUCAUCGCAUCAACCCAUUUAUAUGCAGCUCCUUUAGCUCUAUCGUCUUUGGUUGACUUCUCUCUUUCUUUCUCUCUCUCUCUCUCUCUACACUAUCUCUCUCAGGGCUUUUGGGUAGGCAGAUGGUCAAUGGAUCCACAUUUCACAGAAUUCUCUAAUUCUAUAAAUGGAUUCAAACCCGAAGAUGAUACCUUCUUACCCAAUUUUGAUCAGUCUGAAAAUCUUGUAAACACUUUCAAGUUUAAAGAUGAUUCUGUAGAUCUCAACUUCUUGGAUCUUUCUUCCUUUUCCCCUGAUCCUGAACUUGGUUAUGUUGCUCCGACCUCUGGUAGAACCUCGGAAGCAGACUCCCCAGAUGAUAGCGACUUUAAUGAUAAUGUUCUCAAGUACAUAAAUUCAAUACUCAAUGAAGAGAACAUUGAACAGAAGCCCAGUAUGUUCCAUGAUCCUUUGGCCCUACAAGCUACUGAGAAAUCCUUGUAUGCCGUUAUUGGUGAGAGGUACCCUGCUUCCCCCGACCAACCCCCUCUUUACUUCAACCAAAAUGUCGAAAGCCCAAGUCAUUAUUUGUUUGGUAGUUCCAGUGAGCAGAGUACUAACAGCAAUACUAGUGGUAGUAACUCCGUUGAUUCAUGGAUUGUUGAUCGUAGAGAGAAUAAACCAUCUGUACAAAGUGCUCCUUUGGGAUACCCUUUUGAGUCGACUUUGCAGUGGAAUGAUGUUAAUGGUCCAAUGGACUCUUCUAUGAGUGGCCGUGUGGUUUCAAACAUAUUUAGCAAUCGCCAAUCCAUUUUGCAGUUCAAUAGAGGGGUGGAAGAAGCUAAUAGGUUCCUUCCUCCUAAUAAUCCAUUGAUUACUGAUUUGGAUAGCUAUGCAUUGCCUCCAGAGUCGAAGGAAGGGGCUUCCGAGGUUGUAGUCAAGGUGGAGAAGGAUGAGAGGGAAUCAUCCUCACCUAAUAUCUCAAAGGGUAGGAAGCAUCAUCAUCGAGAAGAUAGUACUUUAGAAGAGGAGAGGAGUAGCAAGCAGUCAGCAGUUUUUAUGGAAGAGGCUGAGUUAACCGAAAUGUUUGAUAAGGUUUUACUUUUUACUGGACAGAAUACAUGCUGUUAUGGUGAUGAAGUGCAAAGUGAAGCAUCCAAGAGCUCGCAGCAGAACAAACAACCACAUGGAUCUAGUGGUGGAAAGAAUCGUGCUAAGAAGGAGGGCAACAAAACGGAAGUGGUGGAUUUGAGGACUCUUUUGAUUAACUGCGCUCAAUCUGUUGCUGCUGAUGACCGCAGGAUUGCAUACGAACAACUAAAGCAGAUUAGGCAGAACUGUUCUCCUUCUGGUGAUGGGUUUCAGAGGUUGGCCCAUAUCUUUGCGAACAGUCUUGAGGCACGCUUGGCUGGCACUGCAAGCCAGAUUUUGGGAGCCCUAGCUUCCAAGAGGAUUUCAGCUGUUGAAAAGUUGAAAGCUUACCAGCUUUAUUUUGCAGCUUGCCCAUACAAGAAGAUAGCACUAAUCUUUGCAAAUAAAAUGAUUUAUGAUGUAGCUAUGAAAUCAACCAAGAAAAAACUUCAUAUUGUUGAUUUUGGCAUCCUUUAUGGUUUCCAGUGGCCCAGCUUCAUCCAACAUCUCUCAGCCCUACCUGGUGGACCCCCUGAACUUCGGAUUACCGGGAUAGAAAAUCCAAAACCUGGUUUCCGUCCUGCAGAAUUAGUUGAGGAGUCUGGGCGUCGCUUGGCAAAGUAUUGUGAACGCUUUAAUGUUCCAUUUCAAUACCAUGCGAUAGCACAAAAAUGGGAAACUAUCAAAAUCGAGGACCUCAAUUUAUGCAGUGAUGAGGUGCUUGCUGUGAAUAGUCUCUUCAGGUUUAAGAACCUAAUGGAUGAGACAGUUAUGGUUGACAAUCCAAGGGAUGCUGUUCUGAAGUUAAUUAGGAAGAUGAAACCGGACAUUUUCAUCUCUUCUAUUAUUAAUGGGUCCUACAAUGCCCCCUUCUUUGUCACUCGGUUUCGUGAGGCACUCUUCCACUACUCUUCAUUGUUUGAUAUGUUUGACACUACUAUGUCCCGUGAAGAUCAGGGGAGGAUGAAUUAUGAGGUGGGGUUCCUUGGGCGUGAGGUAAUGAAUGUAGUUGCCUGUGAGGGUUUGGAACGGGUUGAGAGGCCAGAGACAUACAAGCAGUGGCAGGUUCGGAACAUGAGGUCUGGUUUUAAGAUCCUUCCAUUGAAACAGGAGGUAAUAAAGAAACUGAGAGGCAAGGUGAAGGAAGGGUACCACAAAGAUUUUAUGAUCGAUGACGAUGGCCAAUGGCUAUUGCAGGGUUGGAAGGGUAGGAUUUACUGUGCUAGCUCCUGUUGGGUACCUGCAUAAGAUAUCUUCGAGACAUGUUUGUUAUAACUCUGCAUUGGUCCCAAGGGAGUUGGCAUGGAUGUUUAAGAACACAGGCAAAGAUCAUAUGCAGUAGGACCUGCCUUCUUGUAGAAGACGCUUAUGGGCUAUGAGGAUAACACAUCAUGCACUAAUUUUGUCAGAUAAUAUUUAGGGGUACUCUAGUCAGUUUCGUGAUGGAACCCUUACUGGUCGUGGUUUUGAAGAAAUGUAAUAUAGAUUCUAGACGUGGUUUAAAACUAUGAACAUAAAAUUGGUCUCGUAGAGUAAAAAAUAGCUCCUUAUUGUGGACCGUCUUGUGUUGAUGAUAGCUAUUAUUCACUUUUACUCGUUGUUUGCUUGUCGAGUAUGGAGGUUUUGUAGAUUGAUUUACUUUUGCUUCUUUCUUGUAAAUUUCUCAUUAACUAGUAGUUGUGUGUUUUGUUUGGUCAGAUGUACAAAUGAAGAAAGAUUUUGAAAUUGGGCAAA